AUGUCAACUCCCUACAUUCCCGGCCGUCUUGACGGUAAAGUGGCCCUCGUCACUGGAUCUGGUCGUGGAAUUGGAGCUGCAAUUGCCCUCCAUCUGGGUCGCCUCGGCGCCAAAGUCGUCGUCAACUAUGCCAACUCGGCCGAACACGCCGAAAAGGUCGUUACCGAUAUCAAGAGCUUUAACUCAGAUGCUGUCGCCUUCAAGGCCGACGUGCGGGAUGUGUCUCAGACGGCCAAGCUUUUUGACCAAGCGAUUGCGCACUUUGGCCGUCUUGACAUCGCUGUCAGCAACUCGGGCGUUGUCAGUUUCGGACACCUGAAGGACGUGACAGAGGGGGAAUUCGAUCGUGUCUUCAGCCUCAACACGCGCGGGCAGUUCUUCGUUGCGCGCGAGGCGUAUCGCGUGCUUGAGGAAGGUGGGCGCAUUAUUCUCACCUCCUCCAACACGUCCAAGGAUUUCAGCGUCCCCGAGCACUCACUUUACUCGGGCUCCAAGGGCGCCAUCGACUCUUUUGUGCGCAUCCUCUCCAAGGACUGUGGUGACAAGAAGAUCACUGUCAACGGUGUUGCGCCAGGGGGUACCGUGACGGACAUGUUCCACGCCGUCUCGCACCACUACAUCCCCGGCGGAGAGAAGUUCACGGCCGAGGAGCGUCAGCAGUUGGCUGCCCACGCCUCCCCGUUGCACCGGAAUGGCUUCCCCGAGGAUAUUGCCCGUGUAGUUGGAUUCCUGGUCAGCGAAGAAGGAGAGUGGGUAAAUGGCAAGGUCAUCACCCUGGAUGGUGGUGCGGCUUGA